AUGCCGUUCAUCGACGAGAAAAGCGCACCCCUCUCCCGGAUGGCAUUUCAAGCCCUUGUAAGAUACAAGCACGACGGACAAGCCUUUUACGGAAACCUCGUGCGUAGGAGUAGGAGUGGGUAUGUUGUUGAGCGGUUAGGGGGGGACAUUGACAACGGAUUCGUCAAUACAAGAGUGAGAGAUACAGUGACAGAGCUUCUCUGCCCUUUGGAAAGGGCGCCGAUGAUAAUCUGUCUCGGCCUCAACUUCGUUCGAUUCGCGGAACUGGAAAAUCUUCCGAUUGCAGCUUAUCCAAUAGUCUUUACCAAGCCCCCAGAUGCCCUUUCGGGUCCCAACGACCCGAUCAGUGUUCAUCCGGAUGCCCAAAGCCACUUGGAUUACGAAGGGGAGCUUUGUGUUGUUAUUAGCCGAGACGCGAAAAAUGUGUCAGAAGCUGAUGCGCCAGACUAUAUCCUCGGCUAUGCCGCUGGUAAUGAUGUUACCGCGCGAAAUUUUCAAAUACCAGAUGCCUCUGGAGGACAGUACUCGUACUGCAAGUCAUUUGAUGGCUUUGCGCCGAUAGGUCCGGCAAUCUGGUCACCUGCGGUCAUUCCUGACCCGCAUGCGCUCCGGUACCGUACAAUGGUCAACGGGAAGGUUGUACAAGAGACAGAAACGUCCGACAUGAUUUGGAGCGUGUCUCAGGUAAUCGCCCAUUUGUCGCGGGGAACAACGUUGAGGAAAGGCACGGUGAUCAUGAUGGGCACCCCUGUAGGUAUUGGGUACUCUCAGGGGAAGUUCUUGAAAGAUGGGGAUAUUGUGGCAGUGGAGAUUGAUGGGUUAGGCAAAAUCGAAAACAAGAUUGUUUUUGAGAAGCCGGUUUCCCAGUAG